AGUUGUGGGUCGAACGCGAACGGCUGCAGUUGACAACGGAGAGCGAGCGCUGGCAAUAAAAUAAAAUAAAACACAAUUAAAUAAAUAAACAAGUAAAAAUGCUGCGACACUUGGCGAAAACGGAAGGAAAAUUUGCGGCACGCGGCUAUCACAGCAAGCAGGGCGUGUGGGGCUAUCGUCCAGUUGCCAAGCGAAUUUACCAAGUGUCCGAGGAGGUGCGCGAAGCAAGGAACUCGCAGGCGAAUGUUUAUCGCUGGGUGGAGGCCUUUCGCCAGCACGGACACAAAUUGGCAGCCGUGAAUCCCAUCAGCAUUAGAGCAGCUUCCAGCAGCCAAAGCGAGCUGCAGGAAUUAAAUCCCGCAUUUUAUGGACUGCAGACACAGCAAACGGUGCGCACCGCUGGGCUUAUAAGUGACGCCACCAACGCCCCAGAUGAUGCCACACAACACAAUGUUGCCCAGUUGGAGCAGCUGCUACGCGACAUUUACUGCAGCAGCGCGGCAAGCGCCGAGUUUGCCUACAUCGAGAAUACCGAGGAACGGGAGUGGCUUGCACGCAACUUUGAGGCACAGAGGCAACACCAGCUGCAGUCGACGGAGCGCUGCGAAAUCGCCGAGCUGUUAAUUAAGUCACAGGCAUGGGAUAAUUUCAUGGCCCUCAAAUUUCCCACGGUCAAGCGAUACAGCGGGGAGGGCGCUGAGUCCAUGUUGGCCUUCUUCUGGCAGCUUCUACGCGACAGCGUCCAAGCGAACAUUGAGCAGUUGGUGCUGGCGAUGCCCCACCGAGGACGCACCUCGUUGCAAGUAGCGCUGCUGAACAUGCGGCCGGCAAAAGUUUUUCGCAAACUAAGCGGCGCAUCGGAGUUUACCGACGACAUCGAGGCCAUGUCCGACGUCAUAAGUCACUUCCAUGUUUCUGAGCAGCUGCAAGUGCUCGGCAAGAGCAUCAACUUCAGCAUGGUUCGCAAUCCCUCACAUCUCGAGGCCGCUAAUCCCGUAUCCAUGGGCAAGACGCGCUCCAAGCAGCAGACUCGUGGCGAGGGAUCCUUCAGCAAAGAUGGCAGCGCUCAGAGAUUUGGUGAGCAUGUGCUCAAUGUGAUACUUCAUGGUGAUGCCGCAUUUCCCGGCCAGGGCAUCAAUCAGGAGUGCCUCAACAUGGCCUAUGUGCCCCACUUUGAGGUGGGCGGCAGUCUGCAUCUGAUCGUCAACAACCAGGUGGGAUUCACUACGCCAGCUGAGCGUGGCCGUUCCACCGAUUACACCACGGAUUUGGCCAAGUCUAUACAGGCGCCCGUCUUCCAUGUCAAUGGCGAUGAUCCCGAGACAUUGGUUCGCAUCACCAAUCUGGCCUUCCGCUAUCAACGCGAGUUCCGCAAGGACAUCUUCAUAGAUCUGAACUGCUAUCGUCGCUGGGGUCACAAUGAGCUGGAUGAUCCCACCUUCACCAAUCCUCUGGUCUACCAAAUCAUACACAAUCGUCAAUCGGUGCCUGAUCUUUACACCGCCGAGCUGGCCAAGCAGGGCGUACUCAGUGCAGAACAAGCAAAUCAACUGCGUGAUAAUUAUAUUAGCCAUCUCACUGAGGAACUGGCACUGGCACCAACUUAUCAGCCACCACCAUCCUUCUUUGAGAAGCAGUGGGCGGGCCUGAAACUGGCCCCCGCCAAUGAACUGACCUAUUGGGACACGGGCUUGGACUAUGGCCUGCUGCACUGGAUUGGCCAACAAAGCGUUGCAUUCCCCGAAAACUUUAACAUUCAUCCGCAUCUGCUGAAGACUUUUGUGCAAGGACGGUUGAAAAAACUGGGGGCUGGUGCCAAAAUCGACUGGGCCACGGCGGAAGCCAUGUCCAUUGGCAGCCUGAUGUACCAAGGCCACAAUGUGCGCCUCAGUGGCGAGGAUGUGGGUCGGGGAACCUUCUCGCACCGGCAUGCGAUGCUGGUGGAUCAGCAGACAAACGAGAUGUAUGUGCCAUUGAAUAGCAUGGAGGGCGGCAAUGGUGGCAAACUGGAGGUGGCGCACAGCAUUUUGUCCGAGGAGGCAGUGCUGGGCUUUGAGUACGGCAUGGCCAUUGAUAAUCCACAAAACCUAAUCAUCUGGGAGGCACAAUUCGGUGACUUUGCCAAUGGUGCCCAAAUCAUCAUCGAUACCUUCAUUACCUCGGGCGAAAGUAAAUGGAUGGAAUCGAAUGCUUUGGUCAUGCUCCUGCCACAUGGCUUCGAUGGUGCCGCCUCGGAGCACAGUUCCUGCCGCAUCGAGCGUUAUCUGCAGCUGACCGACUCCAAGGAAACGGCAGCCGAUGGCGAGAACGUCAACAUUCAUGUGGUCAAUCCCACAACUCCAGCUCAAUACUAUCACGUGCUGCGUCGCCAGCUGGCCAGAAACUUCCGCAAGCCAUUGGUAGUGGUGGCUCCAAAGACACUGCUCCGCCUGCCAGCAGCCACCUCAACGCACGAGGACUUCCAACCGGGCACAAUGUUCAACAAUGUUUUAGGUGACAGCAGCGUGGAGCCGGAGCAGGUGCGAAAGGUCAUCAUUUGCAGUGGCAAGCACUACUACAACCUGGCCGAGGAGCGCGCAAAGCGACAGCUUCAGGAUACGGCAAUUGUGCGCCUCGAGUCGCUGGCACCGUUCCCCGUGCAGGAGUUGCAGGCACAGCUGGCGCAAUAUGGCAACGUGCAGACUUUCGUGUGGAGCCAGGAGGAGCCUCGCAAUAUGGGCGCCUGGACGUUUGUGCGGCCACGCUUUGAAAAUUUAAUUGGCAAGGAGCUCCAGUAUUGUGGGCGUUGUGAGGCGCCAACAACCGCCACCGGCAUUGGCAAAGUGCAUAAGCGGGAAGCUGAUGAGAUUGUUGCUGCCCCAUUUGAACUUUAGUGUGAUGUUGCUGCCUGCCGCCUGCCACCUGCCAGCCGCUACCCGCCGCCUGCCAUCUGCCGCUUGGCUUCACUCCUGGAUACUGUCUACAUGCCAACACCAGCACUUCCCCGACCAGCCUGCCUGCCCGUCCACAUAUAUCACAAAGUACUUUAGCUCAAUAAAACUGACAAAAAAAAUAAAGUAAACAAAAAACAAAUCGGUGUGCUCUAAUGCAGUUUUAUGGACUGGCUGAUAUCCUGUAGUUUGUUGAAAAAAAUUGUCAUUUAUAAUGAGGUGUACAAAAUACAUCUUGCGACAGUCAGUUGCAGCCAUAUGCUU